GCUCAAAAAGCGAUAGCGUUUAGUUUGACGUGCCACAAGUUGAAGGGCAAACCAUCGAACGCGACUGCGUGCACGCGGCUCGAACUGGCUGCAACGCUGUUGCUAAUGUUUCGGUCUCACAUUCAACGUACUGUAGGUGCCUCUUCUGUUAAAGGGGGGCCCCGCUUUUCUAGAGGAAUAUGUUUUCGUCUUGCGACGUAAAAGGCGUCUUGCGGGGACGCUGCAACUUCGAAGACAGCUGUAAGUGCGACGGUUAUUUCCAGUCUACUGAUGGUUCUCACCAGCCGGCAGCGCCGUACCAAGCAUUCUGGUGUGCAUACUGCGGGCAUAGCCUGGUUCACCAUGCUCUUAUGGGCAGCACAUACCAUAGCGGUGUGUGCUGCAGGACCCAGCAAGCAGCAGCAGCUUACGGUGCCAACGCCGCAUGCCACCAACGACCUGCGACGACGAGUGACCGAUGAAGAGGCGUGGGCCACCAAGGAUGUUUCGCCCACUUUCUCCACCGAGAUGGGGAGGAGGAUCAUCCGGUAUGCGAUAUUUCAAACGUGCGGACGUCGUCUCCAACCGCAAGUGAUGCAGCCCGUCUCACGGAUGCGCUUGAAGCAGCUCGCCGAUCUAAAGAUCCACAGCCGAGUAACACGCCUUCUGCCAGCGAGCAAGUUGUCGGCCAAGCUGAAACUUCGGACGUCGGCGCAGAUAGAUGUUUCGUUCCUGCCGCACAUGUCUGGUGCAAGCGGCCGACUAUGCACGGCCGAGUCGACAUGGAGAAUGCAUUCUCUGGACCGAACGCGAGACAAUUGCACAGAUGGAGCAGCUAAAAGAAAGUACAUGCGCUGCAGCUCGAAGUAAGCUGUCCAAGGAGUUUGGAAUAAAUGGAGAGUCCAUGUUGACCUCCAUUCCUUUUUUUCUUUUGACAAAAGACAUUUUGUAUGAUCCAAUGCAUGUUUUACUAGAGGGAAUUGUACCGAAAGAAAUAGCACUUUUUUUUAAAACUGCAGUGAAAGAGAAAGCCUGGUUUUCACGCAAAGAAUUCAAUGAUGCCCUAAGCACGUUCAGUUUUCAUCGAGCGGUAAGCAGCAGUGACCGGCCGAGGAAGUUUGAGCGGGAUCUAACUGUUGUUACUUCUGCGAGUGCAUCACUGGUGCUAAUCCUGCACCUUCCCUUGAUUCUGGCAUCUUUUUUGCCCAAAAAUUCAAUGCACGUGCAGCCUUCUCCGGUUAGCUCAGAUUACUCAAAUAAUACUGUCUCCAGUUUUGACAGCAGAGGCUGUUGGCGACUUAGAGGAACUGAUUGCUGACCACCAGGAAAUAUUCUUAAAAUGCUAUGGAGAAGAAGCAAUGUUCCCCAAACUACACAUGCUUCUGCACAUUGUCGAACAAAUUAAAACCCACGGCCCGGCCCGCCAUCACUGGACUAUGCGAUUCGAAGCCAAGAAUGCUCUCCCUAAGUCAAAAAAUUUUUUUUAAUUUCAAGAACUUGCCGUUAUCUGUCAGCGACUCCCUUCAGACAAAUACAUCACAUGCUCUUUGGAAUGACGAUGGUACUCCAAGGACAGGGAAUGCUGCUAAUAAAUUAAGCUUAGUCUGUAGUGCUCCCUAUGUCCUCGAUGAGAAACUUUGUGAAGCUGGACUGCCUCAUUCUGAUCUCGGCAAGGUUGCCCUCUCUGUUGG